CAAACCUCUCUCUCUCUUUCUCUCUGCAUGGCUGUUCUUAUUUUGCUAUUCACCUUCACUUUAUUAUACCUCUCUUACAAAUUAUACAAACGCCUCACGCUAAACCUCCCGCCGGGCCCGCGACCAUGGCCCGUCGUCGGAAACCUCUACAGCGUUAAGCCAGUGCGCUUCCGUUGCUUCUCCGAGUGGUCGCGAGCUUACGGGCCCAUAAUCUCGGUUUGGUUCGGGUCGACGCUGAACGUCGUCGUCUCGAGCGCUGAGUUGGCGAGGCAAGUGCUUAAGGAGAACGAUCAGCAUUUAGCGAAUAGGCACCGGAGCAGAUCGGCCGCAAAGUUCAGCAGAGAUGGGAAGGACCUUAUUUGGGCCGAUUACGGGCCUCAUUACGUUAAGGUCCGACGGCUUUGCACGCUCGAGCUGUUCUCGCCGAAGCGGCUCGAGGGCCUUCGGCCCAUUAGGGAAGAUGAGGUCACUGCCAUGGUUGAGUCUCUUUACAGAGACAGCAUUAGUCCUGAUAAUAAAGGGAAGGGCUUGAUGGUGAAGAAGUACUUGGGGGCUGUGGCAUUCAACAACAUCACAAGGAUAGUGUUCGGGAAGAGGUUUGUGAAUGGCGAGGGAGUGAUGGACGAGCAAGGACAAGAGUUCAAGGCCAUCGUGGCCAAUGGUUUGAAGCUCGGGGCAUCCCUCGCGAUGGCCGAGCACGUCCCGUGGCUCCGCUGGCUCUUCCCGCUGGAGGAGGAGGCGUUCGCCAAGCACUGCGCGCGGCGCGACCGCCUCACCCGGGUCAUCAUGGAGGAGAACGUGCUCGCGCGCCAAAAGCCCGGUGGAGCCAGGCAGCACUUUGUGGAUGCGUUACUUACACUCCAAGGAAGUUAUGACCUGAGCGAGGACAACAUUAUAGGCCUCCUUUGGGACAUGAUCACUGGCGGCAUGGACACCACGGCAAUAUCGGUCGAGUGGGCCAUGGCCGAGCUCGUCAGGAACCCGAGAGCCCAGCAAAAGGCCCAGGAAGAAUUGGACCGGGUGAUCGGACCUGCCCGUGUCAUGACGGAAUCCGACAUCCCGAACCUCCCGUAUCUUCAUUGCGUCGCCAAAGAGGCCCUCCGGCUACACCCGCCGACGCCGCUGAUGCUGCCCCACCGGGCAAACGCCGAUGUGAAGAUCGGCGGCUACGACAUUCCGAAGGGCUCGAACGUGCACGUAAACGUGUGGGCCAUAGCCCGCGACCCGACCAUUUGGGAAAGGCCGCUGGAGUUCUGGCCGGAGAGGUUCAUGGAGGAGGAUGUGGACAUGAAGGGCCACGACUUUCGGCUUUUACCAUUCGGAGCGGGGAGACGGGUUUGCCCCGGAGCUCAAUUAGGAAUAAGCAUGGUGAUGUCGAUGUUGGGCCACCUCCUACACCACUUCUCGUGGGCUCCAGCUGUCGGGGUGAGGCCCGAGGAGAUCGACACGGGCGAGAAUCCGGGAUUGGUUGCGUUCAUGAGGACUCCUCUUGAAGCAGUUCCUUCUCCAAGGUUGGCUGCAGAGUUGUACAAGCGUGUACCUGUGGAUAUAUAAACUUCACUUCUAUUUUCUUUUUUGGGUAAAUUUUGCCUCUCUUUUGUCUUUUUCCGUGGUUUGUUAUGUAAUCUGUAAGUCUAUUAUGUUCAAGCUUGCUUUGGCUUGGUGAAUUUCAAAGUCCUUUGCGCUUGACAUGAUAAAAGGUUGGUUCAAACUAUGCCUGCCUGGGCUCCGCCUAGAAGGUUCCUCACAUGAAAUCAUGUUGUUUGUCAAGAA